AUGGAAGAAGAGGUCAAAGAAGCGUAUGAAAUCAUCAAAAACAUCGAUAUUCUUGAUGUUACGGCAGAGGGUACCGAAAUCUGGGUGACAGCAGAAAAUGCCUAUAAUGAACGUAUCGCGAGAGUAGAGAACCAGAUCAUUGCUCGUCUUCGCGACCGAUUGGGUACAGCUCGUAACGCAAACGAGAUGUUCCGUGUUUUCUCUAAAUUCAAUGCACUGUUUGUUCGCCCUAAGAUUCGAGGUGCAAUCCAAGAAUACCAAACUCAACUGAUUGAGUCCGUUAAGGAGGAUAUAAAGCAUCUUCACCAUAAGUUCAAGACUCAGUACCGCUAUUCAGAAGCAUAUCAUAUGUCCCAAAUGCGCGACCUUCCCCCAAUCGCAGGGGCCAUCAUAUGGGCCAAACAGAUAGAAAGACAGCUCUCAACAUACAUGAAGAGAGUAGAAGAUGUUUUGGGUAAAGGUUGGGAGCACUAUGCCGACGGUCAGAAGCUCCAGACAGAAUCUUUGGCUUUCCGCAAAAAGCUCGAUACGCGCCCAGUAUUCGAGGCAUGGCUGCACGAUAUCAACCGUCGAGAUAUGGGUAUUUCUGGCCGACUCUUCGAGAUUGUCAAAUUACGUGGUGGAGGGUAUCAAUUAGCUGUCAACUUCGACCCUCAAAUUAUAACACUAUUUAAGGAAGUCAGGAACCUCCUGUGGCUAGGAUUCCAAGUUCCACACGCCAUUAAUAAUAUGGCGAAAGAGGCUAAGCGGGUAUAUCCUCAUGCAGUAAGCUUGAUGGAGACAGUGAGGACCUAUGGCCAAACACUCCAUUUGGUUGAAGAGAAUCAAGUCAUAGAGAUGCUUGUAGCCGAGUACAGGAACGAUGCUCAGAACAUGGUUUCAAAAGGUUCUCUCCUGUGUUCUCCAUCGUCUGUCCUGUCGAAUUCGGUACACCAUAUUUGUAGGAUGUGGGUAAGGCGCUGGGCUAGAAUAUCGGAUAUACGUUCAUCGAGCCGGGCCACCCAAUUCUCUAAAUUGGCAUAG